AUGAAUAACAUAAAUAAAGAAAAGAGAUUACUACUUUUAAUAACCCGUAUAAAUAUGCUUGUAAAUUUAUUACAGACUAGAUUAGCAUAUCCAUUGAUUUACCCAUUUAAUACAACAGCAUUAAAUAAUGAUAAAUCAUUAAAAUUAUAUUUUGAAAAAUUAAAAAAAGAUGGAAAUUUUAAUGAAGAGGCUUUUAUGAAAUCAUUGGGUUUUAUUACACCUGCAAUUAUAUCUUUAACAAAGUUAGUAAACAUUUUAAAAGCAGGUUAUUCACUUUGUAAUUAUUCGGGGAUGACAUCAAAAUUGACUUAUAUAGACCGAAAGAAUAAUAAAAAUAUUCUAAACCAGUAUGAGAAAAAAUUACAUCUUCUCAAACCUCAGGUCUGGAGAUUAUUAAAGCCUAACGAUGAGAUGAAUACAAAACAUUUGAAAUGGAGGAAGUGA